AUGUUCGUUGGAGACUCACUUGGAAGAAAGCAACAGGAGUCGCUGAUUUGUAUGACGUCGUCGGCCGUGCCACAGUCCACCACCAAGAUAAGUAUCAACGAUCCUAUCUCCACACUUAAGUUUUUGGUGUUCGUCAUUACUGUUGAAUCUGGAAUGAAAGAAAUGGGUGUAAAUUGUGGUGUUUUGAUGAUGACGAGUGAGGUGGGCUGAAUCACAGACUUUCAUCUUGAUGUAGAUGGGAUAUCUGAUCGCACUACUAAUCUGCCACACAUGUUGCCAUCUGAAGAAGCAUUUGUUGCUGCUGUUUCUGCUCUUGGUAUUGAAAACAAAGAUGGAGUUGUUGUUUAUGAUGGUAAGGGGAUCUUCAGUGCUGCUCGUGUCUGGUGAUUGAAACAAGAAGAGCAGAGCUUGAGACGAAUCUAUCAACAAAUCUUUUUAGAUGGAGAUGGAGACAAGAACUGGAGGCAGUUCAACAGUCAACAUUCUUGUACAUUAGUUACAAUUUCAAGUUCAAUCUGGCUGGCUGGUUGGGAGUUGAGGAGAUUGGUGAUGGCAAUCAAUGAGUCAUCGAGGCUGUGUGCUUCAAUUACAAUGGAAAAUGUUCAUCACAUUCUUCCCCCUUCUACUUCUGACCACUUUUGUGCUAUGAAAAGGAAGGCAAUGAUGAAUGAUCCUUUUGGAAAUUACGUUGUCCAGAAGGUUCUAGAAACUUGUGAUGACCAGACACGCGAACUUAUCCUCUAUAUUCUUGAUAUUUUCCCACUUUUUAAGUCUUUUAUCAAAUUCUCACUUUUGGAUACAGAGCUUGAUGAGAGAAUACGUGACCUAAAUCUUUUAUCAAAUUCUCACUUUUGGAGGUGGCCAUAA